UAAUUAAGAAUUGAAUAUGCACUUCUUUUUCCCCUAGAAUUAGGAGGGUAAAAGUGGGGGUUCCAACCAAAGAAAGCCCUACUUCUCUUCGAAAAGCUUUAUACAAGACAUUGCCGCCGCCGCCGCCGCCGCCGCCGCCUCCAUCUUCACCAAAAUCUUCACUUCAAAACUCACAAAAAUGGCUACCUCUUCCCUGUUAAACCCCGCCAUUUCUUUCCCUUCUCGCAAGCCCAAGCUCCAACCCAACCCAAAAUUCCGCAAUCCCGUUCUCAGAAUCCCUAAAGCAUCCUCCACCUCCGAUUCGUCUUCGUCUCCUCCGACCAACGGCUCUCCGCCAUUGUCGACUCUCAAGAACCGCCGGUCCGCCGACGAGAACAUCAAAGAUGAAGCCCGGCGCCACCGUGCAGCCUCCGGAGAAGAUCGAAGCAACUUCUCAGCCAAAUAUGUCCCCUUCAACGCUGGCGCCGAUUCGCCUGAGUGGUACUCUCUCGACGAGAUCAUUUACCGGAGCCGAUCUGGUGGAUUGCUCGAUGUUCAACACGACAUGGAGGCUUUGAAGAAAUUCGACGGCGCGUAUUGGCGCAACCUCUUCGAUUCGCGCGUGGGGAAAACCACAUGGCCUUAUGGCUCCGGCGUGUGGAGUAAAAAGGAAUGGGUGUUGCCGGAGAUUGACCCCGACGACAUCGUCAGCGCUUUCGAAGGUAACUCAAACCUAUUUUGGGCUGAGCGUUUUGGCAAACAGUUUCUAGGCAUGAAUGAUUUAUGGGUAAAACACUGUGGGAUUAGCCACACUGGUAGUUUCAAGGAUUUGGGCAUGACUGUUUUGGUCAGCCAAGUGAACCGGCUAAGGAAAUUAAAACGCCCCGUCGUCGGAGUCGGUUGUGCGUCAACUGGCGACACAUCAGCUGCAUUGUCGGCUUACUGUGCAUCUGCAGGGAUUCCUUCAAUUGUCUUCCUCCCAGCAAACAAGAUUUCUAUGGCACAGUUGGUCCAACCCAUUGCAAAUGGAGCUUUUGUGUUGAGUAUAGACACAGAUUUUGAUGGUUGUAUGAAGUUAAUUAGGGAAGUUACUGCAGAAUUGCCCAUUUAUUUGGCUAAUUCCUUGAAUAGUUUGAGGCUUGAAGGGCAAAAGACUGCUGCCAUUGAAAUUCUACAGCAAUUUGAUUGGGGGGUACCUGAAUGGGUGAUUGUUCCAGGAGGAAAUCUUGGCAACAUUUAUGCAUUUUACAAAGGUUUCAAGAUGUGUCAAGAGCUUGGCCUUGUUGACAGAAUUCCUAGGCUUGUUUGUGCUCAAGCAGCCAAUGCAAACCCUUUGUAUUUACAUUACAAAUCUGGGUGGAAAGAUUUCAAGGCUGUGAAAGCAAGUUCAACUUUUGCUUCUGCCAUUCAGAUUGGAGAUCCGGUUUCGAUUGAUCGAGCUGUUUACGCUUUACAGAAUUCGAAUGGCAUUGUCGAAGAAGCGACCGAGGAGGAACUGAUGGAUGCAAUGGCACAAGCUGAUUCUACUGGCAUGUUCAUUUGUCCUCACACAGGGGUUGCAUUAACAGCUUUGGUGAAGCUGAGAAACAAAGGGAUUAUCCGACCAACUGAUCGGACUGUGGUGGUGAGUACUGCUCAUGGCUUGAAGUUUACACAGUCCAAAAUUGAUUAUCACUCCAAGGAUAUCCCAGAUAUGGCUUGCCAAUUUGCUAAUCCACCUGUGCAAGUGAAGGCUGAUUAUGGAAGUGUCAUGGAUGUACUUAAAGAUUAUUUACUAAAUAAGGCUCCAAAGUCUCAAGUGUAAUAACUUGUAGAUUAUUGCUUUCAUCUCCAUUUGGCUUUUAGGUUUUGUUGCUCUUUUUUCCUCUGAAAUAAAAUUUUGGGGUCUAUUGCCCUUGAUUCCAAAUC